AUGGCAAGACGUGGUCGCAAGGCACAGGCCGUACCUGUCAAAGGCGGUUGGGAGGUUCUACCACACAAUAUGGGUUCUACUCCACAGACUGGAUCGAGAAAGGAGCUACCUAUUACUAAACCAUCAGAUAUCGCCGACAUCGAAUCCAGCGUUGACACGGAAUCUACCAACAAGGGACGACCUAUUUCUGCCAUAAACAAGGCAGCGUCAAUUGCAGAAAUGCUAUCUGCAACAACACCAGUGGCAGCAGAAGAAGAUGUAUCUAGUGCCGAUGAGCAAGAUACCAAAACAGCGGCAAAAAAGCGAAAACGCCAAACAGAGAGUCAAACGACAACAGACUACCGAGACUAUGAUCUCGUUGAUCCUGGCCAUCAGCCCAAGAAGGCAAAAAGAAAGGCUAGAAAGACAAAAGAUAACCCGUAUGGCCUCACCCCAGGCGAAAGCCCUUUCCCUGAAUGGAAAGCACCAAGCGCGGAACAGUGUCAAAAGGUCUACGAUCUGCUGAAGGAGAUGCAUGAUGAUGUUCCGGCUCAAGCACCCGACGUGAUCCCUUCCCCUUCCCUUGAGGUGACAGGAUGUGGCGAGGUCCCGUCUGUUCUUGAUGCCUUGAUAAGAACGCUUUUGAGCGGUGCCGUCACUUUCGGCGGUGCCGCAAAGAUGCUAGAGGGCCUAGUAAAAAGGUUUGGGAUUUUAGAAGAAGGGAUCGGAAAGGGGAGCAUCAACUGGAACAAUGUUAGAGAAUCCCCCCUUGAGGAUGUGGUUGAUGCAAUUCGUGUGGGGGGCUUGGCGAACACCAAGGCAAAGAGCAUCAAGGAUAUUCUCGACAUGGUGUACCAGGAGAACAUUGAACGUCGUGAAGCCUAUCUCAAAGAGCGAAACACAGGCGAGCAGGCAAGUGUUUUUGCCGCUUCCGACAAGACUGACGGCCAAAAGGAUUUUGAGAUAUUGAAAACGGAACACAAUAUCCUUUCACUCGACCAUCUCCACGGCGUGCCGGUUGACGAAGCGAUGAAACAAUUCACCAAGUACCCUGGAAUCGGUGUGAAGACUUCAGCGUGUGUCAUACUAUUUUGUCUCCAGAGGCCUUGCUUUGCGGUUGACACACAUGUCAACAAGUUUGCGAAGUGGUUGAGAUGGGUUCCCGAGAAAGCGACCGAGGAUGAUGUGUUCAGUCACCUCGAAGUCCGAUGUCCAGACAACCUCAAGUAUGGUCUCCACCAGCUAUUUAUCCGUCAUGGACAGACCUGUGUAAAAUGCAAGCGAAGCACGGUCUCGGGAACAGAAGAUUGGAAGAUGCUCCAGGACUGUCCCCUCGAGGCUCUUCUGGAUCGAUUUGAUAAGCGGCAAUCGAAAGCCAAACCGAAGAAAGAGCCGACAAUGGACAAGGCAUGAUGAUAUGGAUGUGCCCAUCUGGUAGCCGCUCAUCUAUUCACCAAAUACUGGAUUGGCGGGCAUCUUUAUACCUUACCCCCUUUCACUUUUGCUUUCGCACAUACAUGAGCUGAUGCUUAUGUAUCUCUGCUCAUAUUUCGCCCAUACACCCAUGUACAAAUCAACAUGUUGGCUCAUGCUUACUCACACUCUUGAGCGAUUAGCGAUACAGCGAUGCUUGGUCAUACUUGCUUGUGUUAAUGACACUUCAUCAAUUUUCCUACACGUUUGCUGGAAAUUCUUCCCUAGGUUAGCCCUUCACUUAGAUAGUAGACCUGUGUCCUGUCUAAUAUAUUGGUGGGGGCAAAGGCCCCCAGAAUCGAUUAUUACUUGACUUGGAACUUGUGUUUGUGACUUGCCUAAUAUUUCUGGAUACUUGUGAAAUGGUUGCUCUCGAUCGUUGUCUACGUUUGAAAGGAUGUAGUGACUAGCUGGUCGGCCAGCACUAACAGCACAGCAUACUUGUAGGUUGCCUAGAUGCAUA